CCUCGGCGACUCCGAGACACCUCAGUUAAUGAGUCUGCGCCUCCGGUUCCUCCGCCGAGAUCAGUCUUCAACCGCUAGUCACAAUGCGAGCACCAUCCCACUCCUGAACCGCAUGUUUUCCGCUGGCUCUUCUCCCUCCCCGCUCCCCCCGCAUUUCGUUGCCCCCGCGUUUUCGCCCCGUUCAACCCCUACCUUGUGACCGCAGUUCGCACGCGAUUCCGGGUCGAUUCGCUUCCAGGACGCCCCGCAUUUUCUUAGUUUUUCAUUUUUCCAAAGUUUAGUUUUUUGUUAGUGUAUAUUUGUUGUUAAAAAAAGGAAAAACGUUUGGUGCAUAGUGAUUUUUUUAAAGUUCACAUAAAAUUGGACUACACGAUACGCCCGCUGAUCGCAGAUACUUUCGGGAGGGUUGCAGAACUUAAUGACAGUUGGAGCCUUUUCGUUUUUCGGUCUCGCCUGUACUCUUAAGCAUUAAAAUCAUGGUGCUACAACCACAACCAUCCCCUGGCUCCGAGCAGCUUCGCCACUGCCGGAGUGACCCAAGCAACGAGGACUCGAUUCGUCUGUAGAAUCAUCGAGUCGAAAUUUUAAUUACUGCGAAAGAUGCAGGACAUGGCAACAUUCCAUCCUCAGUUCAAUGCUGUUUCCAUUCCCUCACCUGGAUCCGUCGCUAGAUCUCUUGAAAUGCGUUCGAAACUUCCCGCCAGCGUGAAAAACGAGGAUCUCCAGUUGCGCAUCGGGAAAGAAGGGUUCGAGCACAAGAAUGAUCUAGAAUAUGGAUUGACAAAGAAUGAAUCGCUAGAAAAUGGAAGAGCCAAAAGUGACAACGAACUGCAGUGCGUUUGUCCAAUUUGCAAGACUGCCUUAUCAAAUCAACACGACUUCACCCUCCACAUACGAUCUCAUAACAAUGAUUCCGAGCCAUCAAACGUGAAUUCCAGCAAAGGCUUCACAUGCCGUAUCUGCGGCAAAGUCCUCGGCUCUGCCAGCUCACUGGAUCGCCACGUCCUAGUCCACUCAGGAGAGCGGCCUUUCCGCUGUCACAUCUGCGGACUCCUCUUCAAAACCAACGGAAACAUGCACAGGCACAUCCGGACAGCUCAUAAUCUCCACGGAAGAGUUAACGAGUCUAACUGUAAUGAAAGCGAUAGUAGCACCGAUAGUAAUUCAGAAAACCAAAAAUCCCCUUUCUUCAAUAAAAAACGGAGAGUUAAUUCUUCCACGGGAGAAUUCAACAACAAUAGUAUCGAUAUGCCUUCGAAAUGCGAGAGAACGCGCGACCCUAGCUCGAACGCAAUCGAGUUUAGACAAAGGAUCAAUUGUGAUGGGCAGUGGUUCAGUUGCCCAGUCUGCAGCAGGGAAGAUUUUUCCACGCUGCACGUUUUGGAGAACCACAUAGAGGAUGCACACCCCGAUUAUAAAAUAAAAUGCAAUCCGUGUAAUUUAGAAUUCUCUAACCAUAAGAAACUUAAUCUACACCGAACGAUGAAACACCCCGAUGAGGAGUUGAAGUCGAGUGAAAAAGGAUUGGUUGGAUUCAAAGACUUGACAUUCGUCGAUUUUUCCAGUGAGAAGUUCCCGUACAUCGCUAAAACAGUUUGUGAGAAACAGCUCCAUCGAUCUGCUAGUCUAUUUUUGAAUUUCCAGUGUGAAAAAUGCCAUAGAGCGUUUCCAUGCGCGGACGCGCUAACUAUUCAUGAGCAGGCAUGUCUCUCGCUGAGCUAUUCUUCCUCUGUUGAAAGCUACAUUGAGCAGGGAGACGUUUCUUCCAGCGAGAACGAGGGACCUACGGAUCUGAGCUCCAAGUCAUUCAGAAAAUGGAACUAUUCAAUGAGCUCCACGGAAGAGGACAAAAAGCGUGACAGCUUUUUCGCAGGUUUAGAUUUACAAAACAGAUCAUCGAGUUUAUCUCCUAGCAACUCUCCACAAAAAUUGCAUUUAUUUAAACGGGCUCUGAGCAUGAACGGAACCCUAGAAAACAAAGACCUGGCCGAUAUCCAAAGUAUCAUCAAUGUCACCUCGGCUAACUUCAUAACGGACCUGUCUAAAUCCCCUCAGCCGUCCAGCUUAGAAGUGACCCCUCCAGACUCGGGCUCCAGGAAUUUUGAUCUCAACGCCGAGGAAGAACAGCAAGACUGCUUUGCGGCCGAGUUCCGGAAGAUGAAGUUAGAAGGCAAGUUCCCUUGCCGCCUUUGCAAGUCGGUUUUCACGAACUUGCGAGCACUCAAAGGUCAUAAUAGGAUUCAUUUAACCAAUAGCCCGAGCAACGGCAUUUAUCGCUGCAACAUGUGCCCUCACCAGAACACGGAUAAAGCGGCGCUCAUACGUCACAUGCGGACCCACAACGGGGAGAGACCCUACCAAUGCUCCAUUUGCCGCUACGCAUUUACGACCAAAGCCAACUGCGAAAGACAUCUGAAGAACAGGCAUGCGAAAGCGUCGCGAGAGGAGGUGAAGAAGUCAAUUAUCUAUCACCCAUCUGAAGACUCUACUAACAGUAUACCGGAUAUGAAAAAUGUAAAACGUCUACUUUUUGCAGAGUACCAAGAUACUCUAAAUCCUGGAAAGGAAACGGAAGCAAUGAUCGACAGGACGCUUUUACCGGAUAUCAAAAAAGAAUCUCCAGAGCGUUCGACAAUUACUCCACCUUUGUCCCAUCACUCUGAUGAGCUCAAGCGACCAGGGAGCGAUAACGAUCGAGAUGAUAUCGAAAUAAAGAAACCCCAUCUGGACGAAAGCUCCCUUUCCUCAGAUGACGAGGACAGUGAGAGAAAUGAACUCGAUCAGACUUUUAAAUCUGUAGAGAGUGAAAGUUUGCAGCAUGAAAGUUUGAACCACCAUCCCUUAGAUUUGUCCAUGGAUGUCCUGGAUUUGAGCAAGAAGAAGAGAGACGAUAGUGAUGUGAGCUUGUCCGCUGAAAAAUGCAAUAAGAGUAGGAAUUCAGAUUUUUCUGCUUCUGAGGAUGAAGACUUUGAGACGGAGGACAAUUUGGACGAUGAAGAACAGCACGCUCCACAAGACUUGUCUAAGAAGUCAACCUAUGCAAAAUUGGACAGGGUAUCUAGCUCUCCUAAUUUUACGAACAACGCUGAAUUAUCGGAUGAAGUGAAGUCGCUGAAAGAGGAACAGAGAGCUUCGCCGUCUGAGAGCGCAUACCGAAAAACUGAUCCGAAAAAUUUGUUGAGCAACUUGUACGCCAACAACUUGAAUCUCAAUUCACACCCACCCUACUUGGGCUCCGGUCCUACUUUCCCAUUUGCUGCCGCGCCGUUUCCACCAUACCUCCUGCCACCUCCCCCAUUCAUGUUUUCCCCGACAACACCAGAACUCGCGGCGGCCAAAGAGCAGUGGCAGAAAGAGAUAAUGCGCGGCUUCCAGCUAACUUCUGGUGGCUCAUUGAUGCUGGACCAGUUAUCCGUCGUCUCAGCAGCGGACAGAUUCCAAGCCUUACAACAGCACGCGCUGGCCGAGUUCAAUCGACAAAUGGAGUCUGCUAAAAACGAAUCGCUGACGAAAUCCUUCUCUCCGACGGCCAAGUCACCCGAUCUGGGUCAGCCACCCGCAACUCAAGAGAUGACAAAUUUCAUGACCCAAGAAAAGCAAUCACCCGACAAUAUCACGCAAUUACCAAAGUCUUUGAAGAACGACCCAUCAUCCUCCAUCAAAAUGGUAAUCAAGAAUGGGAUGCUGAUCCCGAAGCAGAAGCAACGCAGGUACCGCACCGAACGGCCCUUCGCCUGCGAGCAUUGCUCUGCAAGGUUCACUUUGCGCUCCAACAUGGAGCGGCACAUCAAACAACAACACCCCCAGUACUGGAGUCAGCGACAGAGAGGAAGCAAUGGAUCGCGUGGGCGAGGAGGCUAUCUGAAGGCUCCUUUAUACGAGCCUCAUGCAGGUCUCAUCAUUCCUUUCCCAGCGAGUUACGCUCAAAGCAACAGCAGACACUCCCUUACAUCCAAUGAAGAAAGCGAUUCCUUCCAACGGAACUCGAGUGAAAGAUCUUUGGAGUUGAAUUUCCAAUCGAAACCGUACAUAGGUAUCUCCGAUGAGGUGAAGUUCGCCAUUUCUCAGCAGUUGAAAUCCAAGUUCCAGCAUGAGGAGAGGGAUGACGAAUCUGAUGCUGGAGAGGAGGAGUCCAGAGACGACGAAGAUAUGGAAGAACUGGUGAUCGAUGAAGAAGAAGAGGAGAAAUCUUUGGAGGUGCCGGAAAUAAAGGAAGAAGAGGAGGAGGAGAAGAAAUCUACUUCGACGCCAAAGAAAGAGGAAAAUGCAGAUUUGGCUAGCGUUUCUCGCAUCUUGGAUAAUGCAUCGACGCAAACCUUCAAGCAGUUCUUUAAGGCCGAGGAUGAGAAUGCGGCUGGUGAAGCGAGUGAAGAGGAGGAGGAGGGUUUCAUGCCUGGCAGCACCAGCGAGGGCAAUAUCUCCGGCAGUGAUGAGAACAAGUCGGAGCCAGAGAACAGCAGCACAGGUCAAGUAAAGAAAAAAAGCGCUUACUCCUUGGCACCGAACCGAGUGUCAUGCCCAUAUUGCAGCAGGAAGUUCCCUUGGACAUCCUCUCUCCGCCGCCACGUUCUGACCCACACGGGUCAAAAGCCCUACAAAUGUCCCCAGUGCCCUCUUUUAUUCACCACCAAGUCAAACUGCGACAGACAUUUACAGCGCAAACACAGCAGUCCAGUCCAAGCCGCCGAGGUGAACCCCGUCGAUUGCAACAAGCCCAACUCAGCACUCAAUUUCACGACCCGCAACGUCCCAGAGAGACCUUACAAAUGUAAAAACUGCCCAAGUUCAACCUUCUCUACGCUAGACAACCUCAAGAAGCACAUGUCCGAGAAACACAAUGGAAAACCGGUAGAAAGUGAGAGACUUGACAGUGGCAACCAUAGCGAUUGCGAGAACGAACAACGCGAUGGCAACUUCAGCGAGUACGAAAGUCAGGGGAGCAGCGAGGAAAUAGAUGUUGUCAAAGACUCGCCUCGCCCCGAGGAGAGACACAAUUCUGAGGUAGAGAGCCGGUCCAACAAUCCUCCACUGCUCCUUCAGCCGACAGUGGACUCUUCUACACCAACGAUUGACCAGGUUUCAGUUGUGCCAGGGUCGACGGAUUUGCCGUUCAAAUGCCACUUGUGUGACAGUAGUUACGCUGAGAGGCACGAGGCCUUGGAUCAUAUUCGGGACCGGCACUCGACAGAAUUCCAGUUGCUCAUCUCAAAAGGUGCUCUCGAUGCCAAUGGAUUUGUUAACGAGGAAAACUCGCAUAUAGAAGAAAACUCGACCCAUGGAGAGGAGAAUAUUGAACAGCUGAGAGGAAAGUUUCCUGAUUAUGCUAACCGCAAGGUGAAAUGCGCUUUUUGCCUGCGCCGUUUCUGGUCAGCGGAGGAUCUUCGACGGCACAUGCGAACUCAUACAGGUGAGCGUCCAUUCUCAUGUGAUAUCUGCGACCGCAGGUUCACUCUGAAGCACAGCAUGCUGAGACAUCGCAAGAAGCAUUCUUCAGGCAACAAUUUCGUGCAGAACCCGCUGACCGAUGACCACUCAGCUCACAGUGACGAUGAUAAUGGCCUCCUAGCUUCAAAACUGCCCGUACCGGUGAUUAAUCACAAUAACAACAACAUAAACUCGCCAUUUAAAGCUGUUUUCACGAACUCCCUCAAGUUCUGGAAAAGCCACAAUGCUCAAGGGCCGAAGGGUCUUAGAGGUGACUGUGAUGAAGGCAAUGACUUGAUCGGUAAUUUAUUGGGCAUACACGAUAAGUCUAUAAUUGAUAAAAUGCUGCUUUCGAAAUCACCUGACGAUGUCGCUAAACUGCUUGGUGUUCAAAAAUAGCCAUUUUAAAUGAGUAAAAAUCUAGUUUUUAGCCGCCUAUGUGGUAUGGAGGCAUCCUGCAAGUACACACUCAAUGCUAGCCAUCCAUUGACAACCUAGCUGUCAAAGACUGCACUUUUAAUAAAUCGAAUUCACUUGUCUGUGUUACAAAAUAUAGCAGAGUACUUUUCAUUCUUUGAAUGAAAAAAAGAGGUGACCUCUGGGGCAGCUUACAUUAUUAAUAUAGUUGUUUCCAAAACCUACAGCAGUAUUCUUUAUGAGAGGGCACCUUCUGAAAUGGAGUCAAUUAAGAAUGUCAAACAUCCGUCAACAGAAUUUAGGUAAUUUUGAGCUGAAAUUCAAUUCAUUCUUGAGUAAUUAUUUUUUUCUUUCAUUGAUCAUGAAAGAUUUGCGAGUCAAUUGAUUAGUUGUCUAUCCUUCAUAAGUGUAAAAACCUACCAAAUAGAACAAAACCAACUCUUUAUACCUGUAUAUAUGUCCCAAAUUUCCCGUACAUUACUCCCAAACCAUGGAGAAAUGUACAACCCUCUGAGUGCCUAUAAAAGUAAAUAAGUGUUUUUUCCGUUUCUUUCCUACUAGAUUAGUGGGCAUCAUUUUAAUUUUUGAAAAAAUUAUUUUAUCAAAAUACAUAUUUAAAGGUCUACAAUUUAAAAUUGUUGAUUUCGUUGUGAGGUUAAUGUUCGUCUUUAAAUAAUUUCUUAUUCAUGAUAUCCUUCAUUUUCCUAUUUGCAGUAAAAUCAAUACCCCUACAUCCAUUAUUUUUAUCGUUUUCUCAUGCAAUUUAGUCUAUAUGAACUAAAAAAUGUUAAUAAUUUCUGCAUGCUAAUCUUGAAAACAUAAGAUUACGUUCAAUCCUAAUCUGUCUUUUAAUUGAGGGAGGAAAGAGGUUUAUUAGUGUAGAACUCAAAAAAGUUGAUGAUUGGCUAGCUCAUCUGAGGAGGAUAAAAAUGCAAUGGGAUCUCUGAAGCAAUUAAACCAUUCUUCAAAUAAACUGUCUGACCCCUUUUGGAUGUUUGUAUUCAUAUGCAUAUGACUGCAUCAUGUCAACUUAAAAUCUUUGACUAGAAGAACAUUUUAACCUCACAUAACAUAAUUAUAAAGGCUUUUAUUUACUUUGUUGGGUUCUUUCUUUUCGCAUUAUCUUUUCUUUUUAUUCAUUUUCUCAUACUUGAAAAAUUUUAAGGUAUUCACGUAGUUGCCUUCAAGAUGGAACUUUGAGAUGCCUUAACUUUACCUGAAUACGUGAUAAUACUACCAGUAUUAUUUUACAUUCAGUAAAGUCUUUUAAGUAUAUAAUAUCACUUUUAUAGUCUAUGUAGAUCAUAUAUUAUCUCUAGCAACAGUAGUGUCAUUUAUUUUUAUACUUGAUACCCUUAAAACCCGUACCCAAUAAUAGGAUUUGCCAAGAGAACAUUUGUCACUAAUAUUUUUACUCUUCAAGGUUUUUCUGCUAAUUUUGGUUAUCUAUUAUCGUUAUAUGUUGUUCUUCAUUGCUGUGCGCCUAAUUUUGCCCAGUAUUAAAUAUUAAACUCAGCUGAAGAAAAUUAAAGAGAAAAAACGGCAGCCUCCAUUUGACUACAAAUAGGUUUUUGUAAAGAAAAAUAAAUAAAUAUGUAAAAAAACAAAGGAUGAAAGCAACAAUCCGUACAAACACAACUUAAUGGUCUUAUUAGUUUAACUGAGGUUUAAUUGAAUUAUUCCUUCAAAAUUUCUGUUAUUAUUUAUUAAAUAUCUUCAGAGGAGGUCCUGAUACUUUAUCAAUUAUCAGGCGAAAUACACAAACCAAAAAUCAGUGUUUGUCUACAUCUACAUAGAAUAAGGCAAUCUUGAAUGGACUGACGAAAAGCUCAAAACAGUUCCUACUAUCUGCUUUCCGAGAUAAAAUUUUUCAAUGCACAAUUAUGGCACAAAAUACUUACUGAAAUAUUAUGUACUUAGUCCCAUACUCAUAAACUUGGGAACAAUUAGAUUGAUAAAACUGAUGCGGUACCCACUCUAGGGCUAUACUGGAAACUCAAGAUUUCAUGAGAGUCCAUUUUUUUUUUCAUUAACGAUUUGAAGCAAUAUAUGUAACUAUAAAGAGAUGAAAACUGAAUGAGUUCUCUCAUCAACACUGGAUUUAAGUAUUUGCACUUUUUGUCUGUACAGUUUCAGGUGGACCAGCACAUGUAGAAAAGUUGUUUCUUGUUAUUAUGUUGUAUACAUUAUGAAUCCUGUGCAAAAUCUGAGUAUCUAGAGGUCUAGAAAACAUCAAAAUCAAGGAGAAAAACAGUAAAUUUCUUGAAAAAGCGAGUAAUAUUAUUUUCUUGCUUGAUUUACUGGUAUCUUUGGAAGUUACAUGGCCAGCUGUAUUGCAAUCUUAAUUUAUGGCUUCCCAAAUUGAGAAAGCAAUGAUUCUUCUCUGGCGCUUGUAGAUACUCAGGAAAUAUCUCUCAUGGAAAAUGAAUUGUUGUCCAAAUCAGUUGCCCUCAUUUUGAUAGUAGGAGAAGAUUUGAAUUCUAGUAUGACUAAACAUAUCAUGUCACGUUCUUUUAAUUUUAUUUUGUUUCCACCCUUUUGUACGUUUCACAUUUUAAUACAGCUUAGAUAGCUACAACGGCCGAGAGGUUUGUUAAUUUAAGUAAGUGUACAUUUGCGCAAAAUGAAAUGCGCAUAAGUAAGUAAUUUCCCACCCCGAUUUAGAUGUUUUAUUUGUAGAUAUUUUCAACUGAAUUUCGUUUGUAAAUAUUAUGUAUAAAUUUUUGAAAGCUAACUAGUCAAAAUGAAUACAAAUUAAAUUGUGUUUAUAUAAAUUACCAGAUCAUCAGACUGGCAAGAAAUUUGUUUCUUAUAUUUCUAAAUAUGUAUUUACUUUGUUAUUUCAGAGGUACAGUACCACUGAGCAAGUGUAAAUUUUGUGCAUUUCUUUCUUUAAUAUCAGCAUCAUUUUCCCUUCUCCCCUCAGGUAUUUUAAAAAUACUGAAUUUCACCGAUUAGACUUCUUUCUAUUAUUUUGUACAAAGAUGUAAAAAUUUUAUUGUAAAUACACAUUAUUAUAUUGUUGAGAUUUUACUAUUUCUGUAAAAUACAAGUUUUUGAUCUGUUUCCAAGCAACUCUGAAAAAUAGUUGUAUUGUUUUAAUGAAGAAAAGUAAGAAGUUUAUCACAAGAGACACAUUCACAUGGUUCAUUUGUCAAUGGUGGAUUAGGAAAACGCGCAACGCAGCUUGUGCUUUUGCGAGUUUCUUGCCUCAAUUUAUUUUAAUGCGGGAGAGCUGGUAUUAUUACUUUGUAAAUUUGAGUGAUCUUACUCUGCAGUUUUAAGAAUGUACACUCAAAGUUCCCUGUGAAAAUGUUCAUUAAUUAAGUCUUGAAAAUAUGCACAGCGAACAUUUUCAGUUACAAUACACACUUGAUUUUUUAAUCUUACCAUUGAAGUGGUAAUUAACAGCUCUCUCAAGGCGACGAUCACUAUUUAUUUUUCAAAAGGAGUUACCAACAGUAGAUUACUGUCUCAGUGUACUCCUUUUCUUUUUCAGAAAUGAUAGAAGAGGUACGUAAAAUUAUAAUUCCUUGGCUGAUCUACUUUGUUCUUUAAAAUUUCUACUUUGAUCCUCUUUAACAAUUACAUAAAUAUUUUUUUCUAUCUGUUUUCUUAUUUUUGUGUAAAUGUCAAUGUCUUAGGUAUUUCACUUCUUGAAUCAGUUUUUGACUAUUAUGUGUUAAGCAGUACCUUUGACAGGGACUUUACUUGUGCAACAAUGAUACAGUUUGAUGAGCUAUAAGUUUCUGGAUAGAAAGUUUAACUUUUGUAAAAAGAGAACUUAUGGUGAUAGGACAAUAAUAUUCCAAGAGCGAAAGAUAAAUUUUAAAAAUUUACAUGAAGAUAAAUUAAUUCAGAUAAUUUGACAUACUUCAGCAUAUAAUGCUAUGAUUCGAAGCUCACAAACAAGUUGGUAAUUCUAAUCAAACUGAUAAUUGAAAUUAAAUCAUGCCAUGCAAAUCUGUUUAUUUCAAAUUGGCAUUUCUUACAGACAUGAUUGAAGACGUUGACACUUUGUAGCUGUGAAUGUUGUCGAUAUUGGUUUUAGCACUCUUCCUAUCCUGUUUCUUAAAUAUAAGUUCUUUUUCUAAAAGCAUUUUCUAUGGAACUAUUUAUGAUGCAAUAAUUUUUUUUUUGUUUUAUUUGUGUAAAAUAGAAAAAUUGAAAAGAUAAGCAAUGUAUGCGUAGUAUGAAUUUGUCACUGCAAAUAAAAAAUUUAAAAAUUUAGA